GGUGCCGGGCCCGGCGGCGCUGGCGGGGCCCGGCGGGGAGCGGGCCCGGCUGCUCUCGCUCUACGUGCAGGACUAUCUGGAGUGCGUGGAGUCGCUGCCGCUGGACAUCCAGCGCAACGUGUCCCUGCUGCGGGAGCUGGACACGCAGUGCCAAGGGCAGAGAAUCCGCCUCCUAGAAAGUUUGGCUGUUCGACAUACCUAUUGGGUGCACGAGAGUCUAGGUCUUUAUCUGCAACUGCAAAGGCACGGUGGACUUAAGACCUCCCCUCUGAGGAUCAAGGAAUUGAGUUUAGAAGUAAUGCUGCAAGCAGAAGCAUUAAAAGAAAUCGAUGAUGUAUAUGAGAAAUAUAAGACAGAAAGUGAUCCCAUUCAGAAGAAACGGUUGCAACAGCAUCUUCAGCGAGCACUAAUCAACAGCCAAGAACUGGGAGAUGAGAAAAUUCAAAUAGUUACUCAGAUGCUUGAACUGGUAGAGAAUAGGGCCCGGCAAAUGGAGACCCACUCUUGGUGUUUCCAAGAGUCAGAUAACGAAAAGCCUUUAGAAAAAGCAAAAGUGGAAUCUUGCCAACCAGAAAGAUCUUCUCGUAGACCCCGUCGCCAGCGGACCAGCGAAAGUCGUGAUCUGUGCCAUAUAACAAAUGGGAUUGAAGACUGCGAUGACCAGCCACCUAAAGAAAAGAGAUCCAAAUCGGCCAAGAAAAAGAAACGCUCCAAGGCCAAACAAGAAAGAGAACUUUCACCUGUUGAAUUUGCAAUAGAUCCCAAUGAACCAACUUACUGCUUAUGUAACCAAGUGUCCUAUGGAGAAAUGAUAGGAUGUGACAAUGAACAGUGUCCCAUUGAGUGGUUUCAUUUUUCAUGUGUUGGACUCACCUAUAAACCAAAGGGGAAAUGGUAUUGUCCCAAGUGCAGAGGAGAUAAUGAGAAAACUAUGGACAAAUGUACUGACAAAUCAAAAAAGGAUAGAAGAUCGAGGUAGUGAAUGCUAUAAAUGUUUUAAAGGGUUGUGUGUCUUUUUUAUAAAAAUUGUUUAAUUUACAGAGAACAAUGUUUUAGGAAAAAUGCAUAAGACUAUGCAAUAUUUUUUAAUCUAUAGUAUUAAUGGAGUAUUAAAAUCUGUUAUACUUUCUGUGAUCUUUAACUUUCUGCACUGAAUAACCAAAUAUUUGAAACAAGGUGGCCUCAGAACUGCACAGAUGGAAUUACAAGUAGUGUUGUGGGUUUUUUGGGGGGUUUUGUUUCAUUUAAACUCCCUGUGUUAGCAUUUAAAAAAAAUCCUGAAAGUAAUGGUGGUGGGGAAGCACUGAGAGACAGGUUGUAUUAAAGAGCAUCAGUAAUGGUAUUUAACUUCUCUAGCCCUGUUUCACAACUUCAGACAGUUACUAGAAUCUCAAUUGCUUGUGAACUGAAUCCGUUCUACAUCCCAUGCCUCAAGUUUUCAGAUUCUGUGUUAACAUCACAUAAUAUCUGGAAUGGGGGUUCAAGAAUUCAACUGUUAACUGUAAAAUAGUCUUCCAAGCUAGAAAGCAACCUGUUUCUUCAGUGGCUUUCAUAUGAUGAAUGUAUUUCCAUGAAGAAAAUGCCACUAAUUUAUGCUUUUUAUGUCAAUAUUAAACUGUUCCCUUGGUGACUUUA